CAACCGACGCAUGUGCCCGUCCUUGCGCCAUACGUCACGCUCCGAGUCGGAAUCGCUUCCGCCGCUGCUAGUGAGGCUGCGACCGCCCGACUCUUCCGGCCGCCAUGCUUCGCGCUCGCAUCGUUCUCCCGCGCAAUUCCCCGCACCCGAAAGUCCCGCAGGUUGCGCGCGGAACUCACGGCGCGGGAAAGCGCUCCGCCAUGCCCGCUCGGGCCAUCCUCCCCGCAGGCGCCUCAGUUGAAAUAGCUGCUGCUGCGCGCUCAUCGGCAAUCCCUUGGUUCACUUCCCGCACUGCGCAGCCGCGCGCCAUUGCGCUAACUCCCCGCGCCGCGCAAUCGCACAGCACGCGGCAACUUCCCGCGUCCGCCCAUACCGCUACAGAGCGCAAAGCCCGCGCAGUACUAUUCCGCGCCAAUCACCGCGCGGACUCCCGCUGCGCGUGUUUUGGCGCUAUCUAUCAGCGAUUAGAUUCACAUGCACGGCGGGGUCUCGACUCAGAGCCGAUUAGGGCUCGUGCACCUUGGGUUUUGUGGACAUCGAGGAGGCAAGAGCAGCAGCCGCAGCAGCAGCAGGAGACGCGAGCGGGUGAGGAUGGCCGAGGGGUCAGAGAGGCGCGGCGAGGGUUCCGGGUUUAUGCAGGGGCGAAUUCGGGCGAGGAGCGGUGGAGCCUGGAACGAGCAGGAAUCGGGCUGGAGGGAAGUGAUAGUAACGAGAGUAACUCGAAUUACUAUGCUAGAAGUGAUUCUGUGGGCGGCGGGUUGGAGGGUGAGGGGUCCAAGGAAGGAGUGGGUGGGGAAGGAGGAGAGGCGGAGGCAGGAGGAGAUGAGAUGCGGAGCGGUCAAGUGAAAAAGCCGCUGAACGUGGUGCUUGUGUGUCCGCAGAUUCCUGGCAAUACCGGCUCCAUUGCGCGCACAUGUGCUGCCACGGCCGUUCCACUGCAUCUGGUGAAGCCCUUGGGGUUUGACAUCACAGACUCAAAGCUCAAGCGGGCGGGGCUGGACUACUGGCCGUAUGUGGUGGUGAACGUGCACGAGGGCUGGGGCUCUUUCAUGGAGUAUUUCCAGCAGCAGCCGGAGCCGAAGCGGCUAAUUGCCUUCUCCAAACGAGGCUCUGUGCCCCACCAUAACAUUCAUUAUCAGCCCGGUGAUUGGCUGUUGUUUGGAGCUGAAACGUUUGGCCUGCCCCCUGAGGCAAUCACAGAGUGUUCGGCACGGCCGCAUGCAGGGGGGGUUGCGCGCAUUCCAAUAGACGAAACAUAUGUUCGCUCUUUGAACCUUGCAGUGUCUGCAGGAGUGGGAGUGUACGAGGCAUUGCGACAGAUUGAAGGCCAUAAUACUCAUGUCGAAAAUGAGCAAUAACAUGCAAGAUGAUUUUUUCCCUUCCGUUGUUUUGUAUUGUGGCCUUCGGUGUAGACACUCACCUGGAUCUCAUCAGGUCGUUUGCCAUUCAAUCCGUAGACUGGCACCUCGAACGAGCUGACGUGAUUGGUCGCUUGACCCGAUAGGAGGAUCUAUUUGAGGUCAUUCCUGCCACAUGCCGGAUGGGGCUUGUUUAAACAUUUCCUGUACUGUACUGUACU